GCCCUGAACCUGCAAAACCCUAUUUCUUCUUUGUUCCAUUGCUCAGCCGCAGACUCUCAUUCCAAAACGCACCCGAGCACUGUGCAGCGGCGGCAUCCGGACGAGAUUGCAAGAUGAAGUUUAACAUUGCGAAUCCCACCACUGGGUGCCAGAAGAAGCUCGAAAUCGAUGACGACCUCAAACUUCGUGCAUUUUGGGACAAGAGGAUCUCACAGGAGGUUCUUGGUGAUGCUCUUGGUGAGGAAUUUAAGGGCUAUGUUUUCAAGAUUACUGGUGGGUGUGACAAGCAAGGAUUCCCAAUGAAGCAGGGUGUGCUGACCCCUGGUCGUGUCCGACUCUUGCUUCACAGAGGAACUCCUUGUUUCCGUGGAUACGGAAGGCGCAAUGGAGAGCGCAGAAGGAAGUCUGUGCGUGGAUGCAUUGUCAGCCCUGACCUCUCUGUUUUGAACUUGGUGAUUGUGAAGAAAGGUGAUAAUGAUUUACCUGGUCUUACUGAUGUUGAGAAACCAAGGAUGAGGGGUCCAAAGAGAGCAUCCAAAAUUCGCAAGCUGUUCAACCUUUCAAAGGAUGAUGAUGUGAGAAAGUAUGUUAACACAUACCGCCGAAACUUCACAACCAAAAAUGGGAAAAAGGUAAGCAAAGCUCCCAAGAUUCAACGUCUGGUCACUCCUUUGACACUCCAAAGGAAGCGAGCAAGAAUUGCAGAUAAGAAGAAGAGAAUUGCUAAGGCUAAAUCUGAGGCUGCUGAGUAUCAGAAGCUCCUUGCAUCCAGGUUGAAGGAGCAGAGAGAACGCCGCAGUGAGAGCUUGGCAAAGAGAAGAUCCAAACUGUCCACUGCUUCCAAGCCAACAGCAUAGGCUGCUUCAGGUAGAAAUAUGGUGAAGUUUAAACUUCACUGUAGUUUUUGGUAGUCAUGUGUUCCAUGAGGGUGGUUAUGAUCGACAUUGAUGGUUUUGCAAUUUAAAUACAUGGAGUCUAUUGAAGUAUUAGUUUUUUUUCAAGCGUUCAAUCGAACUAAAGGAUUUUUGCCCAGUUGAAUUUUUAUCCAUUUGAAAUGUUGUCAUUAUCUAAAAAGCUGCAUGUAUUACAUUUUUAUUUCAUGCUCGUGUGAUGAUUUAUGUGAACAAUCCUUUUUAUUGUUUUUUA